GCAUAUGCCCUUCUACUGAGUUAUCACCCAUAAAAGUGUGAGAGGGAAUGCACAGAGCAAGUAGUGUAGGAACAUUUCUACAGUAGAAACUGCAGCUUGCAAUUUAGACCCCUGGUGUUGUAUAUAUUCAUAUUUUUAUUUCAUGAAAAUAAUCUUUUAAAAUCAGUUGAAUUCCUAACAGUAGCACAGUAAGGCUAAGUUUUAUAAUACUGGGCAUACCAUUUGUAAAAAUGUGUGAUUCUGCAAUAUAUUGAUUGACUUCAGUUCUAGUCUGCCCAUCUAUGUCAUAGGGCAGAGUAAGAGUACAAGUAGUACAAGCCAGGAACGGUAUGUAAAACCCUAAGUGUUUCCACCCAAAAAGUUUUGUUGUGCAAGUUUGCUUUAAUUGAACUGAACGGCAUAGAAUUCUUAAUCAGUCACAACAGAAGGCUGUGUUUGUACAUAAUUGUACAUAAUUACAAUUAUGUAUGAAAUAGAGUAGUCUACAAACGCAAAUAUUUUUGCUCUUCUCUCAAAAACUGUAUUCAGAUGACCAAUAAAUAAAGAAGGGGGAAUUGGCAUCAGUUUCUGCGGGGUCACUGUGACCUCUUCUAAUGUUCUUUAUAGAGUCUCUCUGUGUUGUUCAAGUUAUACAAUAACUUUGGCAAAAACAAACAAACAAAAAAACCACCAGUUCAGUAUGUUGAAUACCUUACGUAAUUCGGCCUUCACUAUAUUAGUAGCCUAGAUUGCUUUCUAUGUAGCCAGGAAUAAAGGACCCUUAAACUCUUCCUUUACACAGAAAGCUCUGUGUAAUUCAAAACUAUUAUACUAACUGAAGCUGGUUGUGCCUAUUUUAUAUACCUUUGGGGCCAAACAUGAUGAGGAUCUUCCCUGCAGAACAUUUUGAAAUCACUGCCUGAGUUCAUAAAGGCCCUGGAGCAUCAUAAAUGGCACGUUUGGCUAAUCACCUUCCUCUUUCUCUGACCUAAUUGCAUAACUGAAGCCUAUUGGCUGGAACUGUUCAGAAAUGGCUUUCUUGAUUUCAAACCACCACAUUCUAACUGAAAUUCCAACACAAACAGGGGAGGGUCUCUUGAUUGAGGGAACUUGAUAAUUUAGCUGGCUGUUGGGUCAGACGGGGGUCUUUCUGGAGAACUAUCAAGAUCUUUACUUCACAGGCAAAGAAAGGAAAGUAAAAAGAGUAGAAUAGAAAGUAAACGGUUGCUGUUGUGUGCGGCACUGUCUCUGUGAGGUGGUGGUACCUAUAACUUUGUAUGUCUUACUGUCUCGGCUUCAGGGAUGUUUCCAUAGCACAGUCUUCAGUGCUUGACAAUGAAGCAGAGUCACUAAACUCUAUUAUAACUAAUUAACUGCUGAUUUGGAUUGGAAUGGAGAUUUCAAGAGGUUAAGGACAUAUUAAUUAAGCAGAUAAUGUGCUAAGAGUCCUGCCCUGCUUUGCUAUCUCUUAUGAUGUAACAAGUAAUUUAAAACCUCCUGGUAACAUGAUGAGAGAGACUGAGGCUGUAAAGAUUGCUGAGCUGCUGGCACUAAAGUGCUGCUAAUUGGUUUGAAGAGCCUCUCUUUAGCCAUGACUUUUUCUUCUUGCUGAAGAGACUUAAACUGCUCAGGAAGGAGCGAAGUGAACUGAACCAAGAAAGAUAUGAGCUAUGAAGUCUUACAUUCCAUUUUUCAUUCUUCUUUGGAGUGCCGUCGGAAUCUCAAGGGCUGCCAAAAUCGUUAUUGUGCCGCCAAUUAUGUUUGAAAGCCAUCUGUAUAUUUUCAAGACCCUGGCCUCAGCCUUGCACGAGCAAGGACACCAAACAGUUUUCCUUCUGUCUGAGGGCAGAGACAUCCCUCCAUCUAAUCACUAUAGACUGCAACGUUACCCAGGAAUCUUUAAUACCAGCACCUCAGAUGAGUUUCUUCAAUCCAAAAUGAGGAGUAUCUUUUCUGGGAGACUAACAGCCCUGGAACUGUUUGACAUUCUGGAACACUAUUCCAAGAAUUGUGACAUGAUUGUAGGCAACAAGAAGCUCCUGCAUGCCCUGAAACAGGAAAAAUUUGACCUGCUGCUAGUGGAUCCUAAUGAAAUGUGUGGAUUUGUUAUUGCUCAUCUUUUAGGGAUUAAAUACGCGGUUUUUUCCACUGGACUUUGGUAUCCAGCAGAAGUAGGUGCUCCAGCACCUUUAGCAUAUGUUCCAGAAUUUAAUUCACUUCUCACAGAUCAUAUGAACUUGCUAGAGAGGCUUAAGAACACUGUUGUAUAUCUGGUUUCAAGAUUUGGAGUCAGCUUUUUGGUUCUGCCAAAAUACGAAAGGAUAAUGCAGAAGUACAAUGUACAGCCAGCAAGGUCCAUGUAUGAAUUGGUUCAUGAUUCUAGCCUGUGGAUGCUGUGUACUGAUGUAGCACUAGAGUUUCCAAGACCCACCCUUCCAAAUGUUGUGUAUGUGGGAGGAAUCCUUACCAGACCAGCCAAUCCUCUACCAGAAGAUCUCCAAACAUGGGUGGAUGGUGCUAAUGAAAAGGGCUUUGUCCUUGUUUCAUUUGGAGCAGGAGUCAAAUACUUGUCAGAAGAUAUAGCACAUAAAUUGGCCCAUGCUCUGGCAAGACUUCCUCAAAGAGUUAUUUGGAGGUAUUCGGGAAAGAAACCUAGGAACUUGGGUAACAAUACAAAACUCAUAGAAUGGUUACCGCAGAAUGACUUACUGGGUCACUCUAAGAUUAAGGCCUUCCUGAGUCAUGGUGGUCUGAACAGCAUUUUUGAAACCAUGUACCAUGGUGUACCUGUGGUGGGAAUUCCUCUUUUUGGAGAUCAUUAUGACACUAUGACCCGAGUGCAGGCCAAAGGCAUGGGAAUAUUACUAAACUGGAAGACUAUUACUGAGGAUGAAUUAUAUAAAGCACUGGUGAAAGUUAUUAAUGAGCCCAGCUACAGACAAAGGGCCCAGAAGCUGUCUGAAAUUCAUAAAGACCAACCAGGUCAUCCUGUUGAUCGAACAGUCUACUGGAUUAAUUACAUCCUUCGUCAUAAUGGAGCACAGCAUCUACGUGCUGCUGUUUACACAGUCUCUUUAUAUCAGUAUUUCUUAUUGGAUAUUGCCGUUAUUGUACUGCUUGGUACUGCCUUACUCUGCUACAUUUUGGCCAGGAUAGCAAAAUUUAUCCGCAAGCAAAGCAAACAUCUUUGGUCCACUGAUGAACAUACUACCAUUAAUGGACAUUACCAAAAUGGGAUACCAAAUGGCAAGUAUAGAAGAAAUGGCCACAUUAAACAUGAAAAGAAGGUGAAAUGAGCCAACUACCCAAUGUACAUUAGCAGCGAAUCAGUUCUAUAAUUGAAUUUUAUAGCUGUAACUUAGUCUAACACCUACUUAAAGCAAAACAAUAAACAGUUCUAACGCUCCCCUACAGUAUGUAAUCUUAUGCGAUUAAAUUCUGCAGAACUAAGGAAAAUCUUUAGAAAAAUGAAGCACAACCUAAAAUGCAAAAUGUAUUUUAUUAUUAAUACUGAUGCAAAAAGGUUAUUCUGGCACUGAAGUUUUUUUAGAAGCCUUAAUUCUCUGAAGUAAUUCAAUAAGUAUAUUUAUGACUUCUCCAUUUGUGAAUCUACAUGUGUGCGUCCCAGAUAAGGAAAGGUUCACUCUUACUUGGCAACUAUUCUUUUUUUUCUCUUCAUAUACUCAGUCACAUUUUUCCAGAGAGAACUUUGUUUUGAUUCCUUGAAGUUUCACUAUGUUAUCUGGCAAUGAUGUUAAAGUCAUCUUUCCUGGAAGAAUCAUAAUGCAGCCAUAUGAAUCAUAUUCUUAAAAGGCGCUGAAGAAUAUGAUAACAAAACACUAAUUUUGAUAUACUACUUAACUCUUCCUUUCUCUUCCAUUUCUUUAGAGAAAAGGAAAUUGCACAAGAGUACUGUAAGCUGUAAUUUUAUAUUUAUGUAUAUUUUAUCUUCCUUCUUCACUUUCCACAUAUCCAUUAAUUUAUGCCAUUGUAAGUGUGUUGUUUUAUUUUGAUAAUUACAAGGGCUGUGUGGAUAGAUUAGAUAGUUUAGAAAAACAAAUGAAGCAGGGGGAAAAGAAAAUCUGCCCCAGGCUCUUUGGAAAAGGUCUUGCCAUGUCCCUUGAGCAAUGCAGAAUCAAACUACCUUUGGGAUUUGUUACAAAGUUGAAUGUCUUUGCUUUUAUAUUAUUGCAAUUAAGUUCCCCACUCGCACCCCAAAGCCACGGUGGUUCUGAGGUUCACUGUCAAUAGUUUUCUCUGUGUUCCUUCUGCUGGUCUGGGCCACACAAUCCAUGUUACAUAGUUGCCAACAUCAAUUCUCUGAAUAAAUUGGAGGCUAUCCUUUUUGUCAGUUACUGCUGUCUUUGUAGAGGUUUGAUAUCAUGCAUGACAUUGAACCUAGGAAACCUAGUUGGGAUGUUUGUCUCUGCCCACGCCCAUAGCUGCCUUUCUGCACAACACUUUCAAUCACUGUAGCCGAUACCAGACUUUUGUGGCUUUAAACAGAGAAUAGGAACAUAAGGCAUUGAGCAAAUAUCAGGACGUUCCUAUUGAACCAGUGUUGGCAAUAUCAGGACGUUCCUAUUGAACCAGUGUUGGCAACUAUGAGUUUAUUAAUUUCCAUGUCAUUCUGUUUACUUGGAAUUUGCACUGCACAUGUUGUGAGUGUCCGCUGUAUUUAUUUGCAGUUUGAAAUCCCAUGUCUUAACAUCAGGGGGUGGGAAGUCUCUACUGAGUGUUGUUCACUAACAUGGGAAGAGUUCUGAACAAAACAGAAUGCUAAAAACCAUCUUCAUACACAGUGACAUGGCAUUCCAUUAUCAUCCCAUCAGGAGCCUCUAUCUUGUAGCAAUAAAGUAGCAUUGCAAAUGUGCUUCUAAUAUUCAGUACAGGACAGUUGUACUGCCUUUCCAGAUACUUGAAGAAAAAAUGGUAUUAUCAAUGUCUGUUAGCUUUAUCUUUUUACAAUCCUAUCAAUAUGUGGCAACUUAAAGGAACACAAAGAGGCAAUGAGUGUUGGGAAAGUGACAGGACCUAGAGUGUAUGUAUGAGUUGGUUUUAAUGUUUUUCUUAUUGAAGGUACACAAGCACUGACCGGAUGAUUAAGAAUAAUUUAAUCUCCACUGUGAUACAACUUAAGCAAUAAACAUGGAUUUAAUAUAGAAACAAA